CAAAGGGCGGGAAGGAGAGUCUCGCUGUAACGUCAGGCACCUUAAAGUUACCGAGGGCGACCCAGACAAAUUGAGGGAACUGGACGCUGCCCUUUCAUAGAAGAUAAGAAAGAGGGUUAUCUGCAUCAUAGGAUUAAACUUUAAGCAAGAGAAAUAGCAGAAUGGGAUCGACCAUAGAUGACACCUUCCGCAUCCUCAUAGCUACAGACAAUCAUCUUGGCUAUGCAGAAAAGGACCCUGAAAGAGGAAAUGACAGCUUUGAAACUUUUGAGGAAAUUCUGAAACUGGCAGUAGAACAACAGGUGGACUUCAUCUUGCUUGGUGGUGACUUGUUUCAUGAGAAUAAACCUUCCAGGCAGUGUCUCGUGAAAUGCAUGGAGCUCCUCCGCAAGUAUACUUUUGGAGACAAGCCUGUUUGCUUUGAAUACAUAAGUGAUCCAACUGAGAACUUCAAGAAUUCCAAGAACCCAAUGGUCAACUUUCAUGACCCAAAUCUCAAUGUCUCUAUUCCUGUGUUUUCAAUUCACGGCAACCACGAUGAUCCUUCAGGUAGGCCUUUUAAGGAAACAGAUUAUAACAGGUUUAAAUUUAAAAAAAAAGGGAAAGAACUGGAAAAGUGGGUUUCCAAAAGGGGUUAUAGCAUAGAAUGAAACUUGGCAGCAGUGAACUGUCAUUGUUUGCAAAUGAAAGAAAGAUUCUUGAUUGUAUUUUGCUAUUUGCUUAAUGAGAAGAGAGAGAUAUGAAUAUGCAAAAAGAAUGAUUAAGGCCAUGUUUCAUAUAAUCUUUUCUUUGAAGAGAAUGAUAAUGUGUGUGUGGUCCACCAGAACCAUGCAAAACAUGGCAUGACCAAUUACCUCCCAGAAGCUUUCCUGGAUCCUUUUCUUCAUCUUGUCAUCUGGGGUCAUGAGCAUGAAUGUCUUAUUCAGCCUCGCCUUAGUGCUGAUAAUUCGUUCCAUGUUGUACAACCAGGAAGUUCAGUUGUGACUUCAUUUUGUGCUGGUGAGGCUGUUGAAAAGCAUGUUGCUCUUCUUGAGGUGAAUAAUAAGCAGUUGUUUAAUGUAACCCCUCUCAAGCUAGAGACUGUCCGGCCAUUUGUAUUUGAUGAUGUCUGCUUAGCUGAUCAAGAUCUGGAUUAUGUAAUUGGAAACAAAGAAACCAACCCAGUAGAGGAGUUUAUUGAGGAACACAUCCAUGGUAUGAUUAAGAAGGCCAAAGAACAACUCACAGGUCAUCCCAAACAACCCAAAAAGCCUCUUAUCCGUCUACGAGUUGUAUACACAGAUGAGUCUCAGAUGUUCAACACGACUCGAUUUGGCCACAAAUUUACAGAUGAUGUAGCAAAUCCCAAUGAAAUGAUCUUAUUCAAAAAGCAGCGCAGGGAAAUUAAGAAAAAUGAAACUGACAUUGAUAAGGAGGCCAUGAAUGCAGUUUUUGCUGGAGAAGAUGUUGCAGAGUCAAGAGUUGAGGAUCUUGUGCAGCAAUAUUUUUCAGAGCUGUCAGAUCAGAAACCGAAGCUAUUCUUGCUUUCAGAACGGGGGGUCUCAAAGGGGGUAAACGCCUUUGUCGAGAAAGAUGACAGAGAUGCCAUCAGUACUGUUUUUAAGCACCAAGUUAAGAAGACUGUGGAUCACAUUUUAUCCCAAGAGGCAGAUAUUGAUGAGGAAAAUAUUGUGGAUGCAAUUAUCACCUAUCGAGAAGAAAGAUUGUCGAAGACUAAUCCUCAGUUAGAGGAACAAGAGGCACAAGCAGCCUUAAGUAGUACAACAAGAGAAAGAAGAAAAGUUAGUGAUGAAGAUGAUGAUGCGAUGGAUGACCUUGACAUGGAUGAUGACUUCAGCCCUCCACCAGCUAGAGGAAGAGGAUCGCGAGGAGGUCGGGGACGGGGCAGUAGAGGGUCCCGGGCCAGGGGCACUAGCUCAUCAGCAAGCACCACUAAGACAUCAAGCAGAAAUCAGUUGUCUUUGAUUGGUGAUGGUUCUCCUAAAGUAUCAGAAUCUUCAACCAGGGCACGAGCAUCACGAGGAAGAGGAAGGGGAAUGACAAGAAAUCAGAGUAUCAUGGAAUCAUUUUCUCGGGCCAGAACUGCUGCUUCAAGUCGUAAAGGAAUUGUCUAUGACAGUGAUGAUGAUUAGAGCAAUUCCAAUUAAUGAAGUAUUCUUAUUGAUUAUAUUAAUAUUUCAUGACAAAGUAAUAUUUUAUAAUCGUUGUCUUUUCCACAUAUGUAUUACAUAAGCUUCAAGAGAUUUUGUUUUUGAACUUUAUACUUUUACAGAAAAUGGGCCUCUUUUUUUGUACAUAUAUAUUUUUUUAUUAUGAUUUACUUAGAUUGCUAUUGUCAUUGGAUAUCCCAUAGUGCAGCACAAGACAUGAAUUGUACUACUUUUGUCUGAUGUACUUUUUCCGCUGACAAAGUAUAAUAUAAUACCUGUCAUCUCUGCAUCUAUAUAUGGCAAAUCUUCCAUCAUGUUUCAUCAUUUGUACAACAGCCAAAUGCAGGAAAAGAAUUGUGUCUUCUAUUUUGCAUAAUUUCUUAUAUUCUAUGAAUCUCUAAUUUCACUUUACUCUUCUCUCUUUCUAAUUUCCUUCUUUUCAUUCUCCUCAUAUCCUCUUUCUCUUUAUGGCAUUUUGUUAUUGUAAUAAUUUCUGAAACAAUGUUAUUGGUUAUAUAUGUCUGUUACUUCCAUAAGUAUGGUAUUUGAACAUAUUGUUGUCCUCAUUAAUAGAAUUUGAAUUUAUCAUGGUAGUUGAUGUAAAUGAUAAGUCACAGAGAUGCUCAGAAAUGUGGAAGAAAAAAAUAAAUUUAUUUGAAUAUUACUCAUGAUUGUAUCAGUUAUCUCUUGAUUUUUUAGUAAUUCAAAGUGGACAGCCAUCUAAUUGUAAACUAAUUGAUACAUAGACAAAUCAAAGUGAAAAGAAAGUUAUAUAAAUGCAUAAUAAAAUGAAUGAAUGUGACCUGGUGUCUAUACUACA